AUGAACAUUUUUAAUCAAAGAACAAUUCCAAAAUAUUUAUUUCCAAAACUAAUUAAUAGACAUAAAUUACAAUCUCAAAACCUAAUAGAUUAUUAUAAACAAGCACAUGAGUAUUAUGUAUUUACUUUCUUUUCUAAUGCACCAUUAACUGGGUGUAAAGAAUUAACAGUUAAUGAUGUCAAAGGAGUUUAUAAAUCACCAAUAAACAUUGAGAUAAAUACACUUACAGUGAUUCUAAUCUCUCACAAUUAG